AUGAAAUCCCUCUCCCUCUCCUUAUCUCCAUCCUCUACUCUGUGUCCACCUUCUCCCCCGACUGGCAACCACCUCGUUGAUUGCGGCUCGCGCGCCGCCGUGACGCGGGACUUCGAUCGUCAAGACUUCACCGACAAUGACUCCCAAUUUCUCACCUCAACGGUGGACGAUAACGAUCAAGAGCUCGGAUCUAGCUCAGGAACCUUCUUCUCGCUCUACGCCACUGCUAGAGCCUUCGGUCGGCCCGCGCACUACGUUUUCCCGAUCAGAGACUUGUCGGAACACUCACCACCUAAUACGCCUCCAUUUUCACCCACUUGA